AUGGUUAUCAAUGUUUCAGAUGAGCUACAGUUUGACUUUGACUGGUAAGCGACUUGUUUCAUUGUUUUAUAUUGUUUUAGUUACCCUGAAUGGGACAACAUCUCAGACGGAAACUUGUCGGACGCUCCUGAAGACGAACAAACUGUAGAACAGAAGGAAGAGCCAUCUUUUAAAGUUCUUGGGGCACAUUUAUUCAAGGAUAUUGCCAAGCUAACGUGAGUUUUUCCUUUGUCUAUUCUCUAUUGUUUAGGUCGGUUCCGAAAUGGGCAGAAAAUGCUGUUGAAUUUGAUGGUAAAAUUUCGAAACGAAAAGGAGAUGGUAUAGAACAGUUUCCUGGUUUACAUGACAAGCUUUUUGAGGCGGUUUCAAGGCAGAUAAGUUUGUGGUUUCCAGUGCAAAAGUCGGUUUUACCAAGCUUGCUCAUAGACAAUAUCCGGAGUUCGCUUUUACCAACAUCGGACAUUGCUAUUAGUGCUCCGACUGGAAGUGGCAAGACUUUGUGUUACUUGUUGCCAAUUUUAAACAGUUUUGCUGUCAGUCAACCUUUACCGAGCAGUAACAAGAUAUUCGCUUUGGUCUUGGCUCCAGUCAGAAAUUUGGUAAUUCAGAUUGAAAAUGUAAGUUUUUUCCAUUUAUUUUUGUUUCAAUGUCUAGGUAAAGGUUUGGUAAAUCUUCUGAAAGCAAUUUUCUUUAGGAGUUCUCUAAAUUGAACGUGUUUGAUGCAAAAAUAUUGGCAUUGCAUUCAAAGUUGUCGUUUGAAGAAGAGAAACGAGUGUUAUUUCCAAAUGACGCCGCUUCAGCUCAAGUCAACGUUGUUAUAUCAACACCAGAACGUUUGGUAAAACACAUUUUGGACCAGGACAAUGGUCGCUUCAAUUUCAGCCAGCUGCGUUAUCUUGUAGUAGACGAAGCGGAUGGAAUGUUUAUGCCGAGAGAAAGCUUUUUACAAUUGAUUGAGAACAUGGCGAAUUAUCCAAAAACACACACAAUGAGCUACAAAGCUUUGACAGAUCUCACGAAGAACACCAGAUUACAGAAGAUAUUGGUAUCAGCGACAUUGUCAUUGGAGGCUGAUAAGCUACACGAUUGGAACUUGAGAUGUCCAAAGCUUUAUAGAGCUUCUGUAAAUAAGGUGAAGCAUGUUAAAGCUGCGGUGAAAGAGGAAGAAGAUGUUGUUGGUGAUGAUGGGCAGGAAGAAAAGAUGGAAAUUGAUGGAGAAGAUGGGGAUAAUGAGGAUGUGACCAAGUUUAUGCUACCUCAAAGGCUAAAACAAGAAGUUGUAAGAGAUUAUAAAGGCUUUCCAUAUAGUUAUAGGGCUAAAAAACUUGAUAAGAAGUCUAAAGACAAUUUUUUGAAAGUUUAGGUAAUAAAAGUUGAUUUUAGAGGAUUUGCAAGCCCGAGUUUAAGCCAUUGAUUAUCUACAAGUACCUGAAAGACAAUCCAACCUGGAAGCGAGUUUUAGUUUUUGUAAAUACAACGUAAGUUAAUAUUUUAUAGGUUUAGACUUAAAAGUCCAUUUUAGGCUUAGAAAUUACAUUUUAGGCUUAAAAACGAAAUUUUAAGUUUAAAAAUAAAAUUUUAGGCUUAAGGAUGAAAUUUUAGGCUUAAAAAUGACAUUUUAGGCUUAGAACUUAAAUUUUAGGCUUAAAAGCGGUUUUAGGCUUAAAAAUAAAAUUUCAGGCUUAAGGAUGAAAUUUUAGGCUUAAAAAUAAAAUUUUAGGCUUAGAAAUUAAAUUUUAGGCUUAAAAGCGGUUUUAGGCUUAAAAAUAAAAUUUUAGGCUUAAAAAUAUAAUUUUAGGCUUAAAAACGAAAUUUUAGGCUUAAAAAUGAAUUUUAGGCUUAAACUUUAAUCUUAGGCUUAUAACUUAACUUUUCUUAACAUUUUUCUUUUUUUAGAGUGAACUCACAGCGACUAAAGAUCCUUCUGGAACAUUUAUGUGGCAAUGACAUGAGAAUUGCUGAAAUUUCAUCGAAUGUCUACGGAAGGCGACGGUUUCGGCUUCUAAAGGCUUUCAAGGAAGGAAAUGUGAGUUUUGUUACCUAAAAUUAAACUUUUUGUAUUUUUGUUACCUAAAGUGAAAUUUUUUGUAUUUUUAUUACCUAAAAUAACAAUUUUUCGGAUUUUUAUGACCUAAAAUAUGAUUUGAACCUUGUUUGUUACCUAAACUUCUCUUUUAAUGACAAUAUUCUUCUAGAUUAAUGUGGUUAUCUCAGCCGGCAGUUUGGGCCGAGGUCUGGACAUUCCAGGCAUUGAUUGUGUCAUGAAUUACGACGUACCCAACAAUUCUCAACUCUAUAUUCAUCGUGCUGGCCGAACAGCACGUGCUGGAAAGAAAGGAACGGUGGUCACGUUGGUCUCGAAGGAGCAGGUAGGUUUUGAAAAUUUUUAAAAAUUAAAUUAAAAAAUUUUUAAAUUAAAAAAAAAUUAUUUUCAUUUUGCCCCCUUUACAGAAGCUGAAAUUGAAAAAGUACCUCCUGGAAGUGGGAAUCUGGGAUCCAGAAUCCGAAACCCGAGAAAACGACCAACAAUUCAUCGACGAAUUCAAAGAACAAUAUCAAAAAGCCUUGGACACAUUGAAAAAACAACUCGAAGCCGUCGGCAAAGCCUGA